AUGCUACAGAGGUGGAGUAUCGCUCUAGCUGCAUACAACUAUGAAAUCCAACAUCCUCCAGGAAAGAUAAUCCCACAGGCUGAUUUCUUCUCUCGCUACUCACGAUUUUCUGGGGCCGAGCAGUGUCAUUUCAUAUCUCCAGCAUCGCCAGUGUCUCGGGAAUCUUUACGCAAAUCUACCAAGCAGUACUACUCGGCCAUACUCUCAGAAAUCAAGAAACGGUGGUCGCCAGAGGUAAAGAGAAAGUAUCCUCAGUUAUUUCCUCACCGAGAGGAGUUAUCAGUAAAAUUGGAUGAUGUAUUGUGUCGCGACGAUCGAUUGGUAAUCCCACCGCCACUACGGAAAACGGUACCAGAUGAAUUGCAUAAAGGACAUAUGGGAGUGGAGAAGAUGAAAUCAUUGACUUGA